GAGAUUCGGGAGGAUUUUGACUCCGUUGGCCUUCCAUAAGCCCGAUACUACACUGACAAGCCGAGGCGUGUGCGGACGGAGCUGGCUCAGCCGAACAGCCAGGCCAUAUCUUUAAAGAUGGAGCUGGAUGUCAGUGGAGUGUCCCGGGCACCUGUGUCCGUUUUACCCGCUGCUGAGGUCAAAGCCACGCUAAAGCCUGAGGGUGAGAAACCGCGCUGCUCCAGCACGCCCUGCUCACCCAUCAAAAGUACUGUCUCAGGAUACCAGAUCCUCCAUAUGAACUCUAACUACCUGGUGGGCUUCACUACUGGUGAGGAGCUUCUCAAACUCGCCCACAAGUGGUCCGGGCCAGAGAAGAGCGGGGCAGAGCCGUUAGCCGGUGCCAUCCAGAAACCGGUGGAUGUUGGGAUGCACCGCGUUUCACGCGUUUACAAAACCAAAAGCCGUUACUACCAACCUUAUGACAUCCCUGCCAUUAACGGGCGACGCAGAAGGCGAAUGCCCAGCUCAGGCGACGCCUGCUUCAGAUCUCCAGCGGCCGGCGAGAGCAGUAAGGCCCUACAUGGCCCUCUGCCCCUCUGCCUGCUUAAGGCCAAGCGAGCGCACUCCAAAUCUCUGGACUACCUCAACCUGGACAAGAUGAGUCUCAGCGAGCCAGCCGACACCGACGUGCUGCAGUACCAGCUCCAGCACCUAACGCUGCGCGCCGAGCGCAUCUUCACCAGGAACAAAACAUGAACGCGUGGAAACAGGCCGCUCGCACCCACAGCCAGGUUUGCCACGUCCUGCAAACUGGCUGCAGUUUUUUUGGGCCUUGAGAUUCUCCAGUCAGAUCUUAGGAAGUUCCUGUAGUAAAGGCACCCAUAGGCCACUAAUCUCGUUAUUUUAAAAACUGUUUGUUAAUCAGAAGGUUCAGUGAGGUCCAGCUAACUUAAACUUUAACCUGUGAACAAAGUGAAGUUGUUUUAAUAAUGUGUGUGUGUGUGAAUGAAGGUUGAGGAUAAGUUUGUUCAGGAUUAGCAAUAAACUAUAUACUUAACAGUUGCUACUACUGUAUGUAUGUAUGUGUGUGUGCGCAUCUGUACUGAGGUGAAAAAGGCCUCUUUUGCAGAAAAUGUACCUAUAACCUGCACUAGAUCAUACUGUUAGACAUCUGGAUAUAAUUUUUAACCAGGUUAGCAUAGCUCACUGUGGUGUUCUCCUCCAAAUGUUAGCCUAUUAGCAUUAGCAUCGUCACAUGUCAGUAGGUGAGCUCUGCGCUCAAAAGUUGCCUGUCACUUAGGCACAACUCUUUAUGUUUAAAAAAAAAAAAAAAAAAACACAGACUGUUACACGACUUUUGAAGUUAUUUAAUCUAGAUGAAGCUUACGAUCACCGACGCUAAGAUUAGUGCCUCACAUACACACUAUUAAUCCUCCCUUCUUUAGUUUCUCAAGCUGGCAAAUCGUCUAGACGUUCACACCGGCGUACGUGAAGGAUGUGCUGAUAUUAAUGUUAAUCGAGUCACAUGUGGUUUUAAUUUUAUUACUAUUAUUUUCGUUUUAAUAUGCUAAUACACAGCAUCGCUACUAAAACGAACCAAAGGAUGAACUUUGGCUGUCCUGGAAAAAACUUGAUUGAUAAUGCGUUUUUAAAUUUUUACUUUUUUUUCUUUUCCAUUUUUUUUCGUCCUCUUUCUUUCGUGCAAAAACACCUGACAAUCAUAUUUUUACCCCAAAAAAUCCAGACAGUUAUAAAACCGUUAUUUCUAACUCAUAUUUUUGGUGCUCAUCAGGCAGCGUGUUUCUCACGUAGCGUCACACUUCUUAUUGUGUCUCGUUCUAUCACUAUGAACCUCACAGACACCACCACAGUUAAUAGUGUGAAUCUGAUGCACUGGUUUGACACAUUUUUUUUCUUUUUCUUUCUCAUCUGAGUCUAUGGUUUGAUCAAAUACUCUCUCCUUGUAUACUGUAUUAUUAUUAUUAUUAUUAUUAUUAGUUUUUAUACAGUAAUCCCCCAAAACUAUACUGUUUAAGUGGAGUACACUGGAAUAUUAUUAUUAUUAUUAUUAUUAUUAUUAUUAUUUAAAUGUCAUGUUAUUUCUAAUUUGAUUCACUUUUCCUUAAUGUGGUGUAUGAUGUAAUAAUUUAAAUCUACAAUCAUAUUUUUAUCUGUGGUGUUUGAUUUUUAUUAUUUUUUUAUUCCCAAAUGGGCCGGGGAUGUUUUUAGAGGCUGAUGUGCCACUAUUGUAUUUGAAUAUAAUUAUAAUGUGUCAUGUUUCUAGUUUUACCUUGAAUUUCUCAACUAGCUCCAUCCCCUCUUAUUAAAUUUGUAAUGCACGUCUCUUUUCCCCCCACACCUCUAUUUUGUGUGUUAAUAAUAAGUUGUAUAAAUAUGCUCAGCACCUUAGACUCAUGAAUAUUGGUAAUGUAUUGGUUAUGUUUCUCUUCUGUCUUGACUGAACUUCAUAACAUCUCGUUUACAUUUAAAGCUGUUAUGAGCUUUUUUUUUGCCUCUUCUUCUUCUUCUUUUUUAUGGUAAUGAAUUUUAUCAAUGUGUGCCAUGAAUGUAAUGGAUAGAGUGCUUUUGUGCCGUUUUAUAUAUUUGGAAGGUAGAAAUGAUUUCUGUGACUCAGGACUGAGCCAGAUUGCUAUUCUCUAUUUAUCAGUAAAGGGAGACUGGGAUAACGACCUAUAGAACUCCUCGUAUUUAGCUCACGUAAAAAAAAAAAAAAAACAUGUUUCUGUAAAUGUACAGUACCGAUCAAAAGUUUGGACAUAUGUUGAUUAUUUUUUUUCUAUGUUCUACUGGAACAAUACUAGAUUUUUUUUUCUCCUUUAAAAUUACAAAAUAACACUCGGAAUUAUAAAAUUAAUUAACAACAACAGUCCGCCUUUCUGGAAUCGUCCUUGAAAGAAUAGCCUUGUCAAGUGUGUUUGCCAAACCCAUCAAGCACCAUGAUGAAUGGUUUAAAUGAAGACCAUCCCAGAAAGCAAGACCAAAACUCACCUCAUCAGUUCAGUGAGAGUUACCAGCCUCAGAUAUCACCAAUUAACAAACAGUAUCUUGUAUUGGAAGACUUUACAGAGUAUACUGUAAGCAGCAGAUACAUCUAAAUAUCAAAAUAUAACUGUUUAAAGAAGAUUAUUGCAUAUUUUGGACAGCUUCGGCAGUGUAGACCAAAAGAAAUCAGGAAUAAUGAUGGAAUUAGAAGGUGUGUCCAAACUUUUGACUGGUAGUGUGUAUGAAAACCAUAGGACAAAACGAUUCAUUUAAUAUUUGAUUAUUACUAUUAAAAUGUCAAUAGUGUAGGCUUAAUAUUUUCUUCAUCGUUUGUUUCUCCUUCCUAAGGCUGUUGCCACAAUGCAAUGUUCCUGGACUCUGAACAGAAACCUUUUUCAUCACCUUGUUUGUGAUCGAACACAUUUUUACUGUUCUCGCGACACCAUCUCAUAUAAGCCUGCUGUACUCUACUGUUUCACUCCUCAUCGUGUGCGUGAAUGCGAUCUGUCAGGACACCGCGAUGAUGAUGAUAAUGAUGAUGAACUAAUCUUAGCCUCACAGCGCUUCUCUGCGAGGUGCACAGACACAAAGAGCCAUGCUAGGUCCCAGUGCCUUGAGCUCUACUUAAAUGACAUACGACAAUGCUGUAUGUCAGUCUUUUCUGCUGAUUAACACUUUUCUUGCUAGUAUGUUUACAUCCUUAGGGUGAACAAUAUUAAUCUGUAUUCUUGUAGACUGACUGCAUUUCGAUUUCCUUGUCCCGCUGAGUGUUUGUGUGACCUGCAAUGCUUUCGUCUGUAUUAAGUUAAACCUUACACUUAUCAUUAUUAAAACACUACGCUGCA